UGUUUGGCUUUGGUUUGACAAGUUUCCCUGCAUGAUCAUGGGGGUAAGAGUGAGCAGUUAGUUGACAUUCAAUUAAAAAAAGUUCCAGCUCACGUUGUUCAGGUACACUCUGGAUCUGACGUUUUGGCAAAUGUAGGGACGUGAGAAGUGUUUCUCCUCUGAGCGAUUCUACAGCCAGUCAAGUCUACAUUGGAGCCACACACAAGAGUAAAGAUGAACAGCCUGUCUUUUGACGAUCCUUCGUUGGAUAACCUGGAUCCAACUCUGUCGCUUCAUGAUCCCAACGAUAUUGACACGGCCCUCUUAAGCGACAUUGAUGACAUGCUACAGCUCAUCAACAACCAGGACAUGGAGUUUGGAGGACUGUUUGAUACCACCCCAUAUACAGUGCCCACUCCCACCCAAGAGCUUCCCGGUUUGACCCAGUCCAUCACCUUACCUGCCCCUCCAACCACCACUACCGCACUUCCACCUCCACCUUCCUCUUCCAUCCUAAGCAGUAGCCCCCACUUGGAUGCACUCCUGGGCCCACCCAUCACCCGCAGUUCCUCCACCCCAGACAAGGCCUUCCAGCCACCCACUUUUCAGCAGUCCCCCCUGGCCAAGGUGCCCAACUCCACACAAAGGCCUCAGCCGGCCUCCCCGCCACAGGCCCCGGCCCUCAGACAGCCCCAGGUAGAGCAGCCCCAACCCAUUCUCAGCCCUUCAGCCCCGGCAAAGGCAGCUUCACCUCAUGGCUCGCCAACACCAAACCCACCUUUCACCUCGACGCCCCAGGCCGUCUUCACUGCGCCUGCUCCCACAUCCCCUCCUCAGCCCCAGCCCCAGCCCCAACCGCAGCAGCAGGCACUUCAUGUCCAGCCUCAGUCCCAACAGAUCCGAAUCAACUACAGCCCUCAGAGCAGCUACACAACUACCAGUCCCAGUAGUGUGAGCCAACCAACCACCCUCCUGUCCUCCUCACCUCCGAGUGUGCAGCCGGUGACCAUCCAGGCUCAGAUCCAAGGGCUGACCACCACGUCUCCUCUCCUGGCCACGUCAGUGAGCCCGCCUGUUCAAACCAUCGCACCCAACGUACAGCAAGUACAACAAGUACAACAAGUACAACAACUACAGCAAGUACCUGUGUUGCUGCAGCCGCAGUUCAUCAAGGCGGAGUCUCUGCUGCUGACUACUACUAUGGCUUCUUCCACAUCCCUGGCCUCCACCACCCCAGUACAGAGCACUUCACUGCAGCGAUCUUUCCCCUUCCAGGCCUUUAUGGGUGGUGGCACCAUCCUGACCACUGUGCCCGUCAUGGUGGACACUGAUAAGCUGCCCAUCAACCGCAUCGCCAUCAGCGGCAAGCCGUUUGGCCAGCCACCCAAGGGAGAGAAGCGCACAGCCCACAACGCCAUUGAGAAGCGUUACCGUUCCUCUAUUAAUGACAAAAUCCUCGAGCUCAAAGAUCUGGUGGCUGGUUCCGAUGCCAAGCUCAACAAGUCUGCAGUGCUGAGGAAAGCCAUCGACUACAUCCGUUACCUGCAGUCGACCAACCAGAAGCUCAAACAGGAGAACAUGGCUUUUAAAAUGGCUGCCCAGAAAAACAAGUCUCUUAAGGACCUGGUUGCCAUGGAGGUCGAUGGACCGGCUGAUGUGAAGAAUGAGCUGCCCACCCCACCUGCUUCUGACGUGGGCUCCCCCACCUCUUUCUCACACUGUAGCAGUGACUCAGAGCCCGACAGUCCGAUGGUGGAGGACACAAAGCAGCCUACUGUGGGCAUCAUGGACAAAUCCACAGCAGGAGGCAGCGCUGGCGGCAUGUUGGACCGCUCCCGCAUGGCGUUGUGCACUUUCACCUUCCUCUUCCUCUCUCUCAACCCUCUGGCUGCCCUGCUCUGCUCCGCCGGCAGCAGCACAGCUGGAAGCUCCGCAGCCUCACAUCACACAGGAAGGAGCGUCCUGGGUGUGGAUAUCGCAGCGGAGUCGUGGGGCUGGAUGGACUGGAUGCUGCCAACCUUACUGGUGUGGCUGGUGAACGGUAUUCUGGUGUCGGGGGUUCUGGUCCGACUGCUGGUGUAUGGAGAGCCUGUAACCAGACCACACUCUGGAUCCUCUGUUUUGUUCUGGAGGCACCGCAAGCAGGCUGACCUGGACCUGGCUAGAGGAGAUUUUGCCCAGGCCAGUCAGAACCUGUGGACUUGUCUAAAGGCUCUUGGUCGUCCCUUACCCAUCUCCCAGUUGGACCUGGCCUGUUCUGCCCUCUGGUCCCUGCUAAGAUUCUGCCUCCAGCGCCUCUGGGUGGGCCGCUGGUUGGCUGCCAGGGCUGGAGGGCUGCGGUCUGACGGCCCCCUGAAGGAAGAUGCCUGCAAAAGCAGCCGGGACGCAGCCCUGGUUUACCACCGCCUCCACCAGCUUCACAUGACAGGUAAGCUGAAUGGCAGCCACCUAUCAGCAGUGCACAUGGCUCUAAGUGCAGUGAACUUGGCAGAGUGUGCUGGCUCCUGUCUGCCUGUUGCCAGUCUGGCUGAGGUCUACGUGUCUGCAGCUCUACGGGUCAAAGCCAGCAUGCCAAGGAUCCUGCAUUUUACUUCUCGUGUUUUCCUGAGCAGCGCUCGCCAGGCCUGCCUGUCGUCCAGUGGCAGCGUUCCUCCAGCUAUGCAGUGGCUGUGUCACCCACUCGGUCAUCGCUUCUUUGUGGAUGGGGAUUGGGCUAUUCGCAGCACUCCUAAAGAAAGCAUCUAUAGCCAGGCGGGCAAUACUGUGGAUCCUCUGGCCCAGGUGACUCAGGCCUUCAGGGAACACCUCCUGGAGAAAGCUCUGUACUGUGUGGCUCAGCCUCACGGAGAGAAAAGCCCCAACCAGGGAGAAGGGGAGUAUGCCGAUGCUCUGGAGUAUCUCCAGCUGUUGAUAAGUGCAUCAGAUGCGGCUGGUGCCACCUCCCAGUCCUUUGCCAUCGGCUCCAACAUGGCCACUGUGACCGGCUGCGACCCCCACUCAAAGUGGUGGUCCUCGGUUACCGUGGUGAUCAUCAAUUGGCUCCAAGGAGAUGACGCCGCGGCGGAGCGGCUGUACCCAACUGUUGAGCACCUGCCGCGCAGCCUGCAGAACGCAGAGAGUCUUCUGCCCAAGGCGUGUCUGAACACAUUCAGGGCAGUGAGGGCUCUGCUGUCCAAGCCUGAAAACUGCCAGCUGAGUCUGAGUUACAGCGACAAGGCCAGCGUUCUGCUUCGUGACAGCCUCAACCUCGGACCACACUGCCACAGCUCCAGUUUAGACAAGGUCGUCCAGUUGCUCUUGUGUGAUCUCCUGUUGGUGAUGAGGACCAAUGUGUGGCGCCUGCAGCAGCAGGGGGCCGGUCCUGCCGGGUCAGGGUUGGUGGGUACCAGCGGUCCUGCAGGGGUCCACCAGGCCUCCCCACCAGAGCUCCAGGGCUUUCAGCAAGAUCUCAGCUCCCUACGAAAACUGGCACACAGCUUCAGGCCUGCAAUGCGGAGAUUGUUCCUCCAUGAAGCUACAGCCAGGCUGAUGGCGGGGGCCAGUCCCACCCGCACACAUCAGCUCCUGGAUCGUUCGCUGCGACGCAGGGCAACACCUGGAGCCAAAACAGAGGAGUGCGAGACGCGGCCGGGCCAGCGGGAGCAGGCAGAGGCUGUGAUGCUGGCGUGCCGCUACCUCCCUCCCUCCUUCCUGUCGGCUCCCGGCCAAAGGGUGGGCAUGCUGGCAGACGCUGCCCGCACCCUGGAGAAGCUGGGAGACAAGAGGACCCUCCACGACUGCCAGCAAAUGAUCAUCAAGCUGGGCAGCGGCACUACUGUCACCAACAGCUAGAGAGCAGAGAGGUUGGGGAGGGGCUGAGAGACAUGUAUGGACACUGUAUAUAGAAACACCUCUGAGAUACAAAAACACACAGACAAAAAAGAAAAACUCAGCAGAGACACAGCCACACAUUCUCUGGCAUUUCUGGCGUGCAGCUAUUUCAUUUCAGAUUUAGUAAACUAUCCAGAUUCAUAUCAAACCGAAUGAUUUUUCUCAUGGACUGCCAACACCUAAUCUCCACAUCAGGACGCACUGUGUGUGUAGAGUUAACACUCUUGUUGCUAUGGAUUAUUAGCAGAAUAAUGGAAAAAUGUUCUAAUGAGAUUAAUCCCCCCUCGAGAGCACGGCUGCAGUGCCACCGUUUGACCACAGUGAGGAGCCGUCACGUCCUCUGUGUGUGUGUGUGUGUGUGUGUGUGUGUGUGUGUGUGUGUGUGUGUGUGUGUGUGUGUGUGUGUGUGUGUGUGUGUGUGUGUGUGUGUGUGUGUGUGUGUGUGUGUGUGUGUCUGUGUCUGUGUCUGUGUCUGUGUCUGUGUCUGUGUCUGUGUCUGUGUCUGUGUCUGUGUCUGUGUGUGUGAUGAAAGAGAUGUUUGCCCUGCACUUAUUCAGUCCCACUCUGAUCUUUUCAAUAUAAAUGCACCUUAAGCGGGAGUGCUCAGUGGGUUGGAGUGGCGGGCUGCUCUGAUUGGCCGCAGAGUGAGGCGUCUCUUGGUCGUGGAGGAAAAGGACUCGAUUGGUCCGCCCAUGGGCUCGUUCAGUGGGAAGCCACUGCGCCGGGUCAAAAAGUGUUAAAGUUGAUCUAAAUCAUGUUUGACUUGUGAAACCUGAGGAGAGGUGAUCCACUGUCCAAGCUCCAUGUGUCAAUCUGCACUAGCCCUGCAAGGCUGAUUUCAUUGAGAUAAAUCGAAAUGUGGCUUUAUGGAGAUAUUUUCAUAGAGAUUAUUAUUUGUUUUGCCGUGUACAUAUUUUAAAAUGUAUUUAUAAUCUGUAAGAACAUGGAUCAAGAAGUAUUUUGCAAAGCAGAGUAAUGAUGCUUAUUUUCUUCCCCUAAACCAAGUUUAUUUGGUAACUUUUCUCCAGGCCCAUAUAAUGAAGUUACUGUAAUGUGUUGCCAUGGCAAUGGGUGUCAAAACUGAGUGCAAGUUAUUUGCGUCACACCGUCUGACUCAAUUGACCUUUUGCACUGUUGCACAUGUAUGCAGCUACGAUUUUUUUCUUCAUAUUGGCAGCCUCCAGUUCUGGCAUCACAAAUAUUAAACGCUAUAAAGUGAACCUAUGGCACUUUCCCAACAAGUUACAUAAUGCAAAACAUUUCAAAAUAAUGUGUUUAUUUUCCAAAGAGGGCCUGUAGUGAAACUGGUUUUCCUUUUUAGCUCCAUCAUGAAGAGCAACACUUGCUCUUUCAGUCAUCAUAAUUUAAUGUUCCUAGAGAACCACACGUUGUUGAUUUUUACAGGACUUUUAAAAAAAGAACGUUGGCAUGUGUUUUUUGUUUCAGGACGGGUAUGUUUUUUAAAGUGUCACUAAUGUGAAAGACUGAAAGAGGAUGGAAUGAGACAUAGCAAUGUCUAAAGUUGUUAUUCAUGUGUUCUUUAAACUUUUACAUAUUCUCUUCUCUUUAUGAUGUAAAUAUUAAAGCAUUUUGUAAGGAAGGA